AGGUAGGUAGGUAGGCACCGGGGGUGGUUUGCAGACAGACAGGCACCGGGGAGAGGUGACAGACGGACAGGUAGACAAACAGGCACCGGGGGUGUUUGCAGACGGACAGGUAGGCAGGCACCGAGGGUUGCAGACGGACAGGCACCGGCGGGGCUCGCUGAGCCCGCUGCAGAGGCAGGUGCUGCCCGCGGGGGCGAAGCGCUGAGUUCUGCCCCAGGGUGGCCAGGGCUUUGGAUAGGGCCUGGGGCGGGGUGUGUGGGGCGGCAGCAGUUACUGACCCCGUGUCUUGCCCGGGGCUCUGUUCUGGGGGGAGGGGGCCAGGCAGGGCCGGGGCUGAGCACACUGAGCAACGCACCCUGAGCCGGGCACCAGGGUGGGGACUGCACCCUGAGCCGGACGCUGGGGGCGGACGACCUGCACCCUGAGCCAGACACGGGACGAGGAAGCUGCUUGGGCAGACGGGGCGGCAAUGGCGGACAGCGCCAAGCUGAUGGAGCAGUUUGAGGGCACUGCCCAUGGGCACCAGGUGCCAUCAUCUGGCUGGCGGAUCUGUCUGGCCCAUGAGUUUGUGGAGAAGAGGAAACCCUACAAGGCCUCGGACGUCUCUGCCUGCGACGUGCUGAAAUACCUGGGCCUGGGCAUGCGAUAUUUGCGGUGGUGGUACAGGAAGACACACGUGGAGAAGAAGUGUCCCGUCAUCGACCUGUUCAACCCGCUCCCCCUGCGUCAGAUCUACGGGUGCCCGCUGGGUGGGUUUGGGGGAGGUACCAUCACACGAGGCUGGCGGGGAGAGUUCUGUCGAUGGCAGUUGAAUCCCGGAGUGUACCACUAUAAGACAGUCGUAGCAGACCAGUUCACCGUCUGCUUGCGCCGGAAGGGACGGACCGUUUACCAGCAGGUCCUGUCUGUGGAGAGACCCAGCGUGCUGCAGGGCUGGAACUGGGGCUACUGCAGCCACUACGCCUUCUACCAUGCCCUGUACCCUCGGGCCUGGACGGUCUACCAGCUCCCUGGGCAGGACGUGGUGCUCACCUGCCGGCAGGUCAGCCCGAUCAUCCCACACAACUACCAGGACACCAGCCUGCCCGUGGGAGUGUUCGUCUGGGAGCUGGAGAAUGGCAGUGACGAGGCCGUGGACGUCUCCAUCAUGCUCACCCUGCGGAAUGGCAUGGGCACCAAGGAGGACAGAGGGGGGGGCCACUGGAAUGAGCCCUUCAGCCUGGAGAAGGAGGGCGCACGGGUCUCGGGAGUCCUGCUGCAUCACUCCAGCCCCAUGAACCCCUACACCCUCGCCAUCUCUGCCAAGGAGCAGGCUGGCACAGGAGUGACCCACUUCACAGCGUUCAACCCCGCUGGCACAGGGCAGGCAGUGUGGCAAGACCUCCUUCAGGACGGCAGGCUGGACUCCCCGGCAGGGAAGGGCAGCCUCACAGAGAAGGGGGAGGCGACUGCAGCAGCUGUUUGCGCCACCUGCACAGUGCCAGCCCGGGGGCACAGGACGCUGGAGCUGGGCCUGGCCUGGGACAUGCCACGCAUUCACUUUGGCUCAAAGGAGAAGCUGCAUCUCAGGCGGUACACGCGCUAUUUCGGCAGUGCAGGGGACGCGUGCCCGGCCCUCUCCCACUACGCGCUCACGCACUAUGAGCAGUGGGAGGAGAAGAUCGAGAGCUGGCAGAGGCCCAUCUUGGAAAGCAGCCACCUGCCCCCCUGGUACAAGUCGGCUCUCUUCAACGAGCUCUACUUCGUGGCGGAUGGCGGGACCCUGUGGCUGGAGCUGCCCCCGGAGGCCUGUGCGGAGGACGUGCAGGGUCCAGCGGGAGCCGGGCUGUCCCAGAUCUUCCCUGUCCUGCGGGAGUACGGAAGGUUUGCUUACUUGGAAGGCCAGGAGUACCGGAUGUACAACACCUACGACGUUCACUUCUACGCCUCCUUCGCCCUCGCCAUGCUCUGGCCCAAGCUGGAGAUCAGCCUGCAGUACGAUAUCGCUGCUGCUGUGCUGAAUGAGGACACGCAGCCCAGACUGUACCUAAUGAACGGGCAGACGGCCCAGGUGAAGCUGAAGAACGUGGUGCCCCACGACAUCGGGGACCCCGAGGACGAGCCCUGGCAACGGGUCAAUGCCUACCUGAUCCACGACACGGCCGGCUGGAAGGACCUGAACCUGAAGUUCGUGCUGCAGGUGUACCGCGACUACUACCUGACCCAGGACACAGCCUACCUGCAGGACAUGUGGCCCAUCUGCCAGGCUGUGAUGGACUUGGAGCUGAAAUUCGACACAGACGACGAUGGGCUUAUUGAAAACUCGGGCUUUGCUGAUCAGACUUAUGACGCCUGGGUGGCGACUGGAGCCAGCGCGUACUGCGGCAGCCUGUGGCUGGCAGCCGUCUGUGUGAUGUGCAAGGUGGCGGGGAUUGUGGGUGAUGGCGAGGUCCUACAGAAAUACAGUGCUAUCCGAAGGAAGGGCGCGGAGGCGUUUGAGCGGCUGCUGUGGAAUGGGAAAUACUACAACUACGACAGCAGCGGGGGCCCCUUCUCCAGCACCGUCAUGUCCGACCAGUGCGCUGGGCAGUGGUUCCUCCGGGCCAGCGGCCUGGACCACGGCGAGUUCCAGGUUUUCCCCAGGAGCCAUAUCCUCAGCGCGCUGAAGACGAUCUUUGAGUUGAACGUCAUGGGCUUUGCCAAUGGGACGAUGGGAGCCGUGAACGGCAUGAGGCCCGAUGGGAGCCUGGACACGUCCAGCCUGCAGUCCAGCGAGGCCUGGGUUGGGGUCGUGUAUGCUCUGGCAGCCACCAUGAUCCAGGAGGGUCUGGUGCAGGAGGGCUUCCACACAGCGGAGGGCUGCUACCGGACCGUGUGGGAGCGGCUGGGCAUGGCCUUCCAGACGCCAGAGGCCUAUUGCCAACAGAAGCUCUUCCGCUCUCUGGCCUACAUGCGUCCCCUCAGCAUCUGGAGCAUGCAGCUGGCCCUGGAGAGCAGAGCCUGCCAGGCGCCUGCCGCAGCAGCGCCACACCCAGGGCAGGAGAACUCCCUCCAGCCGUAAGGGAAGGAACCUGGGAGCAGGAGCCAGAGGGAGCCGCAUGGCCCCCGCUGCAGGCCAGGGACUGUGUGGAGGCAGCUUGCCCCUUUUUAAAACCUGAUUUUAAUUGCUGUAUCUUCUCUCCUCUCUGCACUUACCCUGUGCCUCCCACCAGUGCGUGCACCCUGCCCCCUCAGCGCAGCGGGGCCCCAUGUUCCACACCCUGGCUAACCCCUCAUCCCUGGGGCUUCCAGCCACAAGAGAGAUGGUUUCCUGGGCCUGGCUGCCUGAGCGGGAAGAGGGGAGGAGCAGCUGGGGGGGCUGUGCCCAGGGUCCUUCCCCUCCCGCAUGGCUCUGGGACUCUGCAGUGCACAGGGCAAGUCCCCGCGGGAGUUGGGGUAACCCUAUGGCCGACAGGUCUCACAGCCUCCCCCAGCGCCUGUCCUGCCUGCUCCCCCACCCAGAUCCACAUGGCUGGGAGCGGUAGAGGACAUGGAGGGGGGAGCCCAUGUGCGUGGCUGGCACUGUUGCGCAGGGCGUGUGCACAGGCUGCUGGGUGCAGAUUUCACCUGCCCUUCCUGGUGGAGCAGCAUCCGCUGCCGGGCACAGACGGGCCGUGGGUGAGGGCCCGGUACAUGCUGAGCCCUAACUGCAGGGAGAACCACCCGGGACAGAAGCUUGGCAGGGGUCCCCCUCCAGUGGCAUGGCCCACGGCAGAGGUGCAGGGGGAGCCAAAGAUGCAGGCACCGCUGUCAGUAAAGGCGCCAUUGCCCCUCCCUGGCCCAAGGGGCUGCCCAGCUGGGCUGGGUCCCUUCACCGUGCCUGGUCCAGGCAGGGGCCGCUGCGGUAACCCGUGGCAAGGGCAGUUCCUGAGCAUGAUCCAGCCCUGGCCCGGGGCCCACUGCCUGGCAUCCGACAAUCCUCAUCCCAAGUGAACUCCUCCUGUCCCCGACCCUGCAUAUCCACUGCCCAACAUCACAGCUGGCGCUGGGCCGAGGGCUCAAGGGAGCUCGUUUUAAAUGCUGAAUCAUUUUAAUUUAAAAUCACUGUAAUAAAAUAUCAUCUGCCUGUGGGCUAG